AUGUUCCCGCCUCCACCACAUCCUUUAGUGGACUCAAGCGGUAAUCAACGCUACCUUGCGGAGCGUAUUUUGAACCAACGCGAUGUGAAUGGCGUCAGGACGAGUUACCUCGUCCGCUGGCGUGUCUAUCUAUCGGCGUGGGACAGCUGGAAGCCUCGUGCCCAGCUGAUUGUUGAUGUCCUUGGUCUCGUAGAGCAGUUCGACGAGACCCAUCCGCUGCGUUCGAAGAAGGGCCUUCGGAAAAUGACCUCCCCGAACGCGAUUACAGGGAUUGCAAAGUGUCGAUCCCUUCGACCACCUCGGAAGAGAUGCGCGCCCUCCAGUGGGAAAUAG